AUGUCGGGAACAGGAGUUCCCCCCAUCAGCAUCGAGGGCACCGCUGACUGGUCAUCCUUAAGCAGGAUGAUGAACAGCAAGGGGAUCCAAUUCUCCAAGGCGAGGACGGCGGGUAACAGUGUGAAGGUGUUCACAAAUACACCAGCUGACUACCGUCAGCUAGUCGCACUGCUGGAAUCCAUCAAGCGGCCCUUCUUCACAUAUCAAUUGAAGGAGGACAGGAUGGACCAGAGGGUCAUUCGUGGGCUACCCAGGGAGAUGUCAGUCAAUGACAUCAAAGAGGAUCUAGUGAGCCAAGGCAUCGCAGACGCCGAGGUUCAGCAGAUGACCUCAAGGACCACCAAGAAGCCACUUCCGCUCUUUCUCGUCAAGACGAAGAUGCCGGAAAAGCUUGCAGAGAUCCAGAGGCUGGCCAUGCUCACGGUCAGCUUCGAGAGGAAGAAAAAGUCUUCCGAGCCCAGCCAAUGUUACCGCUGCCAGCGGUACGGGCACACACAGCGGAACUGCCGUCUCGCUGAACGCCUGAGACCUGCAGUAUUAGUAGUUUUGUACGAUAAAAAGGCUGUUGACAAUUUUAUGCCUAUUCUCACUUAUUUGCUCUUGAGCCCAAUCGCCCAGUCACUUCAGCAGAAACUAAUCGACUCUAUUCCAAGUAAGAUACGUAAGAUGCGUUUGCAAAAUUAA